AUGUUCCGGAACGCCCUCCGCCAGAGCACUCGCGCCGUCGGCGCCUUCUCUGCCACCGGCAGAGUCGCCGCGCGAAAUGCCGCACCUGUAGUUUCCGCCGUCCAGGCCCGCACCUACGCCGACGCCAAGGCCACUCCCACCGAGGUCUCUUCCAUCCUCGAGCAGAGAAUCCGUGGUGUCCAUGAGGAGUCCAACCUCGCCGAGACCGGCCGUGUCCUCUCCGUCGGUGAUGGUAUCGCCCGUGUUCACGGUAUGGCCAACGUUCAGGCUGAGGAGCUUGUCGAGUUCGCCUCCGGUGUCAAGGGUAUGUGCAUGAACCUCGAGGCCGGCCAGGUCGGUGUUGUGCUUUUCGGUUCCGAUCGUCUCGUCAAGGAGGGUGAGACCGUCAAGCGUACCGGCGAAAUUGUCGAUGUCCCCGUCGGUCCCGAGCUUCUCGGCCGUGUCAUCGAUGCCCUCGGUAACCCCAUCGAUGGCAAGGGUCCCAUCAACUGCAAGGAGAAGCGUCGUGCCCAGCUCAAGGCCCCCGGCAUUCUCCCCCGUCAGUCCGUCAACCAGCCCGUCCAGACCGGUCUCAAGUCCGUCGACGCCAUGGUUCCCAUCGGCCGUGGUCAGCGUGAGUUGAUCAUUGGUGAUCGUCAGACCGGCAAGACUGCCGUCGCUCUUGAUGCCAUUCUCAACCAGAAGCGCUGGAACAGCGGCUCCGACGAGGACAAGAAGCUCUACUGCGUCUACGUCGCCGUCGGCCAGAAGCGUUCCACCGUCGCUCAGCUCGUCAAGACCCUCGAGGAGAACGACGCCAUGAAGUACUCCAUCGUCGUCGCUGCCACCGCCUCCGAGGCCGCUCCUCUCCAGUACCUCGCUCCUUUCACCGGUGCUUGCGUGGGUGAAUACUUCCGUGACAACGGCAAGCACUCCCUUGUCAUCUUCGACGAUCUUACCAAGCAGGCCGUUGCCUACCGUCAGAUGUCCCUCCUUCUCCGUCGUCCCCCCGGUCGUGAGGCUUACCCCGGUGAUGUCUUCUACCUCCACUCUCGUCUUCUCGAGCGUGCCGCCAAGAUGAACAAGACCCACGGCGGUGGUUCCAUGACUGCCCUUCCCGUCAUUGAGACCCAGGGUGGUGAUGUGUCCGCUUACAUUCCCACCAACGUCAUUUCCAUUACCGACGGUCAGAUCUUCUUGGAGUCUGAGCUCUUCUACAAGGGUAUCCGUCCCGCCAUUAACGUCGGUCUUUCCGUCUCUCGUGUCGGUUCCGCUGCCCAGCUCAAGGCCAUGAAGCAAGUCGCUGGUUCCCUCAAGCUCUUCUUGGCCCAGUACCGUGAGGUCGCUGCCUUCGCCCAGUUCGGUUCCGAUCUCGAUGCUGCUACCAAGCAGACCCUCAACCGUGGUGAGCGUUUGACCGAGCUCCUCAAGCAGAAGCAGUACUCCCCCAUGGCCGUCAACGAGAUGGUUCCCCUCAUCUUCGCCGGUGUCAACGGUUUCCUCGACUCCGUCCCCGUUGCCAAGAUCCUCCAGUGGGAGGCUGACUUCCUCGCCCACCUCAAGACCAACGAGUCUGAGAUCCUGGCCACCAUCGACAAGGAGGGUGCCAUUAGCAAGGACCUCGAGGCCAAGCUCCGUGGUGUUAUCCAGACCUUCACCAAGAGCUUCCUCGGUUAA